AUGUUUCGCGAAAGAUAUUUUGCUGAUAAUGAUGCAAUGAAUUACGGAAAAAUGGUGGACACACCUGAAGAAUGCAGAGAGUAUUGUAAUUCAGAACCAAAGUGUCUGGCCUGGGAAAUGUCGAGAGGUGGCAAUUGUGGUUUAAAUACAAUUGUUAAACCAGACCCAAGACCUCUCACUGGUUUUAUAUCAGGAUUUUGCAAUAGAAAACCAGAAAGAGAACCUGAUACACAAUGUGGUGAAGUGAAUGUGGAUCAAAAAAUUGAAGAUACAGAUCCAGAUGAUAGUGAAAAUCCAAGAAGCACAACAACAGCGUCAGCUGAAGAGUGCCGCAAUCAAUGUCAGAUAUAUGAAGGGUGUGUGGGAUGGAAUUUUCGUCCCGAUAGCGACAUUUGUGAUCGAAUGAUUCAUGUAAAACAGAAACUUGUAUCUGGUAAUGGUUUCAAAUCAGGAUUUUGCACUAGGAAAUCAGUUUUACCCAUAACCAAAACGCCAAUUAAUACAACUAGUUAUUGCUUUAUUGUCUCUUGA